AUGUUCCAGACAAUUGAGGAAACCUUGCUGGUUAAGCAGCAAGAGCUGAAGGAUUGCACCGAGACCACAAUCAGCAUACAGGCGAACAAUACACUGCUUCAGAAGCGGAUUGAGGAACAGCGAUUCUCGAGAGAAGACAUAGAACGCAUGGCAGAGCGGUUAGCUGGCAGGAACACCGUGUUACAAGCCAUGAAGGAAAAUCGGAUGCAUGUUGAAAAGGAAGCAUGCAAGGCGGAGGUUCAAAAGGUCAAGAUCAUGGAGGAGAUUGAGCAAGCAGCAAACAAGUUCAAUGAGAUGGCGACCAGGCUCAAGCUUAUCCCUCCCUGCAGCAAGCAUGCUCAGGGCCGUUGCUUCUCUGUACGAGUUAAUCCGCAUGCAACAGACAUUCGGGAUGUGUUAUCUGACAGCAUGCCCAAGGCAGAUAUUCGUGCAGCUAUUCAAGAAGUGACGCAGAAGUACUCUUCGAAAGAACAGAGACUAUAUGCGAAGCUGGCAACACUGGACAUACAGCUGGCUGAGGAGUCGGAAGAGGUUGCUAAGGUUGCUGCCGAGCUGGAAAACAAGGAGGAUGUGAAAAAACGGGAGGAGGAAGAGAUGUCGCAGGCAUCUCAGCGUGCUCAGCAGGAAGUUCAGGCACGCUUAGAAGACGUAAAAAGGCGCGAAUUACUGGCACGCAUAGAGAUUGAAAACCGAGCAGCAUGUCUGGAAACUCUGAGGCAGGCUAACCAGGAUUGUGAUAUGCAGCUUAAACAGCAGGGCCAGGCAGAGCUUCAAGCAAUGGAAGAGAUGAAGGAGACUGCAGUGCGUCUGGAAGGCAUGUUAGAGAAUCACGUGAAUGUGGUUCACAAAGUUGCUGAUAGUGUUGCCUUGCACGCUCGGAAGUGUCUUGAUGCACUUGAAGAGCUACCUGAGUGA